AUGACAAGGUUGCACCACUACCAACUCACCCUCGACAGGGUGGACAACAGCGCCCACUACCUAAGAAGUCCCUGCCCCAGCGCCAUCAUGGGAUAUUUUUGUCAGACGACGAAGAAGACGAACUGGUACCAGCUUGAAACCCAACCCACCACUCAGAAUCCGAUGCUCAUGAACGGUGCUGGUCCAAUCCCCAUGUCCCAUUGCCACCAAAGUUCAAACCUCGGUAUUCCACUGAGGCUGCUGGCCACAAUGCAGCUGUCAAGCGAGCAACACCAUCCUGUGAGUGCCUCUGUUCACCAUGAAGAUGAGGACCAGCCUCCAUGUCCAAAGCCAAAACCCAAGCCAAAACCUCGUCAUACUACUUGCGAUGAGCAUGAGGAUUCGGAGUCCCGGCUGGCGACCACACCAGUACCUCCACGCACCUCAUCCCCACUGUCAGAUCUGACUGACAAUGACAACAACUUCACCCCUCCACCCCUUGCUCAGCCCUCAAAGUGA